CAAAUACUCCAGACAUCAUGUCGCAUGCCACGCUGCACCAUGAUGUGGCACAGCCAACGCUGCCUGCCUCAGAGGAUCUCACAGUACAAACAAACAAAUCGAAAACSAACACCUUGAACUCCCUACGCAAUGGCAAUACCUCGAACUACUCCAGUCCCGGGCCCGAGAAGCUGACGGUGCUGGAUAUGAUACUGGAAUCGUUGGCCCUGCGCAAUCUGACGUCCAAGGAUAUGGGCACACUGAUAAUGCUGGGCUCCAUGUUUUUGCUGUUUGUGAUAAGCGUGACCGGGUUCUUUGUGAUGUGGUUUACCGAAUACUACAAUAAUACAAUGCUCGAGAAUUUAAUACUCGCCGAGCACUCGGAUACGGCGAACAGUUGGCUCUCGCCGGAUCCCAAGUAUGAUACGCUGCUAAAGGCGCACAUCUUUAACUAUACGAAUAUUGAGGACUACCUGGCUGGGCGGGCGGACAAGAUACACGUCGAGGAUCUGGGUCCGCUCACCUAUCAGGAGCAUACGAUCAAGGAUCAGGUGUCCUUCAAUAAGAAUCAUACGGUUACAUUUCGGGAUAAAAAAUCGUAUAAGUUUCUGCCGGAAAAGUCGACGGUGCGGGAAGAUGAUAUGAUCCUGGUGCCCAAUGUACCGCUGCUAUCGGCGGCGGUGCAUGUGAAGCGGAUGGCCGCAAUCAAGCGCCUCAUUGUGACCGGCACCAUCAAGCUCUUUGAGGAGCCGCUGUUCAAGCGACUCACUGCCCACGAGUACCUAUGGGGCUAUCGGGACAAGAUCAUCAGUCUGGAAUCCCUGGGCGGCGGCAAGACGCACUUCGGUCUGCUGAGAACUCGCAACGGAACGAGCGUGGACUCGGUGCAGCUGAACACGGGCGAGGACGACAUCUCCAAGUUUAGCAUCAUCACCCAGUUCAAUGGGAAGCCCCAGUUGGAUUUCUGGCAGGGCGACGAGUGCAAUCGCAUCGAUGGCAGCGAGCCGUCCAUGUUCUCGCCCACCAUGCUGCAGACUCGCAGCACGGUGAAUGUCUUCCUGCAGGUGCUGUGCCGCAAGGUGCCGCUGCGCUUCGAGAAGGAGGAGACCAUCUACAAUGACAUCGAUGUGCUGCGCUAUCGUACGCCCUUGGACGUCUUUGCCCAUCCUUCCGAGAAUCCGGCCAACGAAUGUUAUUGCCGCAAUACUGAUCUCUGUCUGCCGAGUGGCGUUAUCAAUGCGACCAGGUGCUACGAUGAUUCGCCAAUCUUCCCAUCGUUUCCGCAUUUCUUCACCGGCGAUCCGAUACUGUACAAAGAUUUUGAAGGCAUCAAUCCAGAUGCCGAACUGCAUCAGACUUAUGCCGAUAUACAUCCGCGCUUUGGCUUCCCCAUCAGCGGCGCCUCCCGCAUCCAGAUCAACAUCAUGCUGGACAAGACGCCACUGCUGCGCAAUCAAGCCUGGCGCAUGCAGAAUGCCACCAUCUUGCCCCUGAUCUGGAUUGAAAUAACCGCUGGCGACUUUAAUGAAGAUGUCCUGCACACGCUCUAUGUGAGCACCUUUGGCCUGGAUGCCAUUCAGCUGGCGCUCAAGUACGGCACCCUAUUGGUCUCCGUGACCAGCUUCAGCCUAAUCGUGGCCAGUGUUUAUUAUCUGAACAGCAAGCGUGAGGAGCARCAGCAGCUGGAGAAGAGCAAAUCCUCUGCGGAGCUGGAGGCCCUUGCUGGUCCAAGUGCUAGCAAUGGUGGUGGCAUUGUUGUUGUCCAGGUCCUGCCACAUGGCGUCAGUCUGGCGCAUUGCGCCAAUUCGUAGUGCCAUUAGCAAUUAGUUAGGGGAGGGAUUUGUGGGCGGGGCAGCACAAAUGGGUUUUGUGCAUGGGUAAGAGAGAGAGCCUUCUUGCGCUGGAGUGCCUUAUUAAUCAAGAGAUUUUCGAAUUUGUCACGACUUAGGAUACGAUGUAGUUAACAAAUUG